GUCCGCCCACGAGAAUUCGAAGCAACAAAAUAAAUCCAGCUUCCCCGGGAAUGCGGAGGUAACUUUCUUUCCCUUUUCAAACAGUUUCUCAGCAUGACUGUCCAAGAUCUCAAGGGACAGGCUGAUACUACUGUCCCAGAGCGAACGCGACUGCACAUUACUCCGCUAAAUGAGACGCUAUUGAAAGCGUAUAUCCCGCCGUCUCUACUGCCUAGUGCGACGAACAUAUCCUUUCAUUCUCUUCAGACAUUUCCCGAGCGCAUCUACGGCUACGUGGAACUGCCAACAGCAGACGCGGAACGCAUCAAGAAGAAGCUGAACGGGGCAAUUCUGAAAGGGUCAAAAGUUCGCAUUGAAGAAGCUGCGCCCAAAAAGUUUGACCCUGCAGAUCCGCCGGCCACUGCUGUGGAAGUCGGGGCUGGAUUGGACCAAGGCAAAGAUAAAAGCGAAAAACUUGACGAGUUGAACGAAGGAAAAUUGCCUGAACCAAGCAAGAAGCGCAAGCGCGAGGACGGCGUUCUGCCUGGAUUCCAACUACCGGAUAACCGCAACGUCAAGCGCGGCUGGACUGAGCCUCCGUCAUAUAAGAAGAAUAGAAAAAUGACGAAAAAGGAAGAGCAAAAGCAUAAGAAGAGAACGCAAAAGUCUCUGUACACGCCAAACCCAGAGUGUCUGUUCCGCACGACGCUCCCGCCGAAUGUCGCGUCUUCAGUUCAUGCCGAUGGGUCUGAAUCUGGGGCCAAGGCGAAAAAGGGCAAGCUCACGGGUGAAUCAGGACGAGAAACGACUGUGCAUGAGUUUGCAAAUACUAAAAAGGAGUUGAGCUUUCUGAAGCAAGCUGGCGCUGCCGCCGAGGGUGCAAAGAGUCCGUUGGCAUAUGUUGAUGGAAAAGGAUGGGUGGACGAGCAGGGAAAUCUAGUGGAAGAGCCGAAGAAGGGAAAGAAGGGAGUUCCAGUGGGUGUAAAGGGGGUAGGAAAGUUGCCAAAAGAACGAUUUGUCCGGAUGGAUAGUGAGAGUGAGGACUCGGAGGCGGAGUCGGAAGAAUCGGAAGACUCGGAAGACUCGUCAGAGGACGGGGCUGACGACAGAAAAAGGAUAGAGGAUGAGACGUCGUCCAGUGGAUCAUCAUCAGAGGAAGAGGAGAGCGAGGCGUCACAAUCUAGCUCCGAGUCCGAGUCAGACGACGAAGAAUCCGAGUCUGAAGCAGAAGAAGUGGCAGCGAAGAAGACUACUAGUGCAUCAAAGCCAACUGUCCAAAUCGCUUCUACGAAGAAAUCUCAGGCCUCAAAAGACGCAUCAUCCGAGUCGGACUCUGAGUCUGCCUCCGCCUCCUCUUCUGCCGAAGAAGAGAGCUCUUCCGAAGAGUCUGCCUCCUCAUUACCACAACCACAACCAUCAUCAUCGUCAUCAUCAUCCAAGCCCGCAGUCAUCAAAGAUCAAGCCCCAGACGCAGAAGCAAUGGACAUUGAUUCUCCUGCUACCGCCGAGGAACAAGAAAUCCACCCCCUCGAAGCACUCUUCAAAAAGCGACCCCCUCCUUCUAUUUCCGCUCCUUCUUCUCACGCUGCCGGCGAAGGUCCGUCCUCGUCCAGAUCACACCAACAACCAGCUGGACAACCGGAAGAAGAAUCUUCAGGAUUCGGAUUCAGUUUCUUUGGCGCAGACGAAGAGGACGAGCCGGAUGUUACUGCUGAUCAUGCUGCUCCGUCUGAUUCUCAUCUUCCUGUAGCUUCUGCCCCAUCUGCAUUCUAUACCGAUGCCCAUGCCCAUGCCCAUGCCGACGAUCGAUAUCUCCGCUGGAACGCCGAAGGCGAUGUCGUCGACCAUGACGCUGACCACGACGGCUACGACGUUGAUGACGAGUACGCAGGUGCAGAUGCAGACGCAGGCGGGCAAGAAGGACAGGAAAGUGCGUUUGCGAAAUGGUUCUGGGAGAAUCGUGGCGACACGAACCGCGGAUGGAAACGCCGGCGGCGAGAAGCAGCCAAGGAGCAGAGACAGCGCGAGAACCGACGCUUCGGGAAGAAGUUAUUCGGAUAGUUUUGUAGUAUUUCUUUCCUAUCUUUCCUUUCUCUUAUUUUCAUAUUUUUCUACUUCUAUUGCAUUCAUAUUCUUCAUUCGUAGGUUUUCUACUUUUUCCCUUUUCUCUUGUUUUUCCAUCUCCACGUCUCAUUUCCAUGCUAGGACAAUCAAAAGUGUUUGUAACUGUGGAUAGUAUAGCCUGAUACCAAUAUACAAAG